CCUUGAUGGUCGCUUCGGUAUGUGUCUCUCGAUCCGUCCAUGUAUUGUCUCACUGUCUGCUCUUCCAUCAUGAAUCCGUCAUCCAUGCAUGUGCAGACGGACCACGCAUGCAGCCAGACAGGCGGGCAGGCAGGCGGGCAGGCAGGCAGUCGAAAGCAAUGGUCGAAAGAGCAAGGGAGUGCUGGGAGUGUAGGCAAAACCGCCAACACCUACACCCCACCAGCCCAGCCUGUGGUGCGGCAGAUCACUGCCUAUUGGCGGCACACCAACAGACUGGGCAGCCAGCGAGAUCAGACAGACAAAGAGACAGACGUCCCGCGUGGACCCGUGUGUGUGCGUGUGAACCCAUUAUGAAUAGAAAAGGAAAUAGGGUGUCUCGGCCGGUUCCGGUGAAUGCGUGCGACUCUGCUUGAGCGUGUUGCCUUGAAAUCAAUCCACCCGCUGCAAUCCGACGCCCAUCUUUCCUGCAGCAAACAAAACGCGCAGAAGCCACUAUAUAUAUCUCAGUCUCAAUUGGACUGUAUUCUGCGCGUUUUCUUCGUAGCGUGAGUCAUACCGUGGAUAUUGAAAUAUGCUGGCUGCUUGAGUUGGAGUCCUACCUCUUCAGUGAGGUUGAUGAAAUGCUUGAAUAGCUUAAAUUGGCCCUCACUGUCCUCGUCCCAGCAGAUACCCUGCCCUUCUUGCAAGCAGAUCGUAUUCUCUGGUUGCGCACUGCAGCUGCAUGCUUUGCCAUCGAAGAAAUCCUGAAGACACAAACCACCGGCCGAAUAAUUACGAAUAGAAAGACGUGUCUCAUUCAGUCAGUGCUCACAUACCGGGACGUUGUUGAGGAUGACUAUACCGCGCUAAUGUACAUUACACACACACACACACACAGAGAGAGAGAGAGAGAGAUGGAUGAAGAAGCAUGCUGGAUGGAACCACUAGUGGAAAGAAAGGCAGAUUGCUGCUGGAAGGGCUAUGGCAAUGUUUACGGCGCGAGCAGGGACUUUAUGUUUUGCCAGAACGAUGUAAUGAUGUUCCACUGUGGCAGGAAUGUCUCCUCCACUUCUUCUGAGGUCAUCUUAUCCGCCUGGAGCAACAUGGGGUCCCAGAAGAUGAACUAUCAAGAAUAUACGAGUGCAGAAAAAAGAAGAAGUACAUAGGUUAAUGUCUCGUACCCUCAUUGGUUCACCUGAGGGCAAUACACAAGUACGAUUCCCGUGAAGUGGUUGAGUGGCAGCCCGAGUGAAGAAUGGGCUGAAUACACCUGCAUGCAUGAACUCAUUCAUGACAGAGAGAUACCCAGUGAGUGAGUGGGUGCUGUUUCUUGAGUAUCAGUUACCUGUUGAGUAUCAGUCAGGUCGAGCUGCCAGAAGUGGGGCUUGGUGGGGACGUUUGCGAGGCGAGACCAGGUAAACUGAUGGGUUCCGUAUGAGAUUCGUCCCAGUCCCGGGCCUCCUCGACGAUGUAGUGGUCUGCCGUCUCAAACUCCACCACUUCCUUGUUUUUGUCGUAUCCGGUGAGGCUGCGCGGCAGUUUUACCUCAAACUCGUAAUCUAUGAACGCAAACGAGCCCAUAAUCGCGUCAGGUGUCCUGCAGACAACGCAACAAAAACGUGUGCAGUGCAUGCAGGCAUGCAUCCGCAGGCAUGCAUGCAGCACGCGUAGGCAUGCAGACCAUGCUGAGGGGUCCACCGCGCGAUGGAAGAGGAAGGGCAGCUCCCCGUCCCUGUGUUGUUUGAGUCCGUGAGUAGGAGCGUGGCAUCCUGCAUUCAUGGUGGCCACCAAAAGCAUUGCAUGCAUGCAAAACGAAGAUGAUGUUUGCUCGCCCACCGAGGAGAACAUCAGGGACAGCCGUGGGAACAUCCCUCCUGAGGAAGCCGCGGCUGGCGUGGGCAACGCUCAUGCCGAUGGAGACAUUGUGGCGCCAGCCCAGAGUCACCGGGAGGCAGCUCAAAAACGUCAGCAGAUGGAAGGCAGCCAAAACAACGCAGGGACGAGGCGACAUGAUGAGAAAGGCUGCAAUUGAAAAGG